AUGGUUGGGGGUGUUCAAAUAGUAUAUUUGGCUGAGAGUUGCAGGAAAAAACGUCUUAUCCUUCAUGAGCUUGGCCAUGUUAUUGGAUACAGUCAUGAACAGAGUCGACCGGACAGAGAUGACUAUGUUGAAAUUAUGACCGCAAAUAUUAAAGAGCAGCGUUUGUCUAAUUUUAGAAAAUUGCUUCCAGAAACUUUUGCGAAUUACACCCCUUACGACUACACAAGUAUCAUGCACUACGGUAAGACAUACUUCAGUGCGAAUAAUCAAACCACAAUGCGAACAAAGAACCCGGCUUAUCAAGACAUUAUUGGAACGGUUAAAAAUGUGAGUUUUUACGACAUCAAAGAUGUGAACAUAAUGUACAACUGCGCUGGCCAUUGUCAAAAUAAGCCUAUCUGUCCAGGGGAGGCGUUCGUAGGGAAAGACUGCAAGUGUUGGUGUCCAGGGAAGGGAGAUAAUCCCUUCGUUUAUUGUUCAAGUGACCCAGUAACACCAGCGACUACAAAUUCGCCGAGUGUUGCAAGACACACAUUCUUAUUCCAUGUCAACAACAUUACGGAAGGAUUUUCGUCAACUCACUGGUGUCCAUUCAUUAUUCAAUCUAGAUUUCUGUCAAGUACGACGACAUCAACGUUGACAAUGAACAACAAGAACAACACUAUUUAA